UCAGAAAGACACUGGGGGAAAACGGCUCCAUGGAAGAGUGGCGAGGUGAAAACCACUGCUGACCCAGAAGAACAUCAAGACUCGUCUGAAUUUCACCAAAACACUCCUUGAUGAUCCUCAAACCUUUUGGGAGAAUGUUCUGUGGAUUGAUGAGGUGAAAGUGGAACUGUUUGGAAGACGGGUCCAGUUACAUCUGGUUUAAACCAAACAUCGAAUUCCACAAAAAGAUCAUCACACCAGCGUCUGGGCAACUUGCAGUAAUUGAGGGAAACAUGAAUUCUGCUCUCUACCAGAAAAUCCCAAAGGAGAAUGUCCGGUCUUCAGUCCGUAAGUUGAAACUCAAGCGUGACUGGAUUCUGUAGCAAGACAACGAUCCAAAGCGUACGAGUAAAUCCUAGUCCUAGAAGUAAGGCUUUUUCACUUCUGUAAUUGAAACCAGCAACAUGAAAAAUUUUUCAUGUGUUUCUGGGUGGAUCAAAGUGAAAUGUGUGUGUGUGUGUGUGUGUGUGUGUGUGUGUGUGUGUGUGUUUAAUUACACCCCCUGGCCAGGGAAGGGUGUAUAAAUCGCUAACUGUUGCCGAAAUGGUAAUGUAGACUUUGUUUCAGCACACACACACACACACACACACUCACACACUCACUCGUAGCUGAUGUUUUUCUCUUCUUCACUUCUUUCACAGAUCUGCUCUGUGUUUUCAGCACAUAUUACAGGUGUCCUCAGGUGAACAUGGAGAACGUCAGCUGGCUGUACAGUACCUGGGGCAGGAGACGAGCUCUGGACUCCAUGGCUCUGCUCAUUAUGAUCUCUCUGUGUUUGCUCCUGAUCCUGUAUAUCACCACGCCAGAAAAAUAUAACAAAAUCACAUCACAGAAGAUGGUUAGUCAGGCACAGCCUCUGGUGAUGGCGACUCCUAGGUGUGAACAAAACUUGUCAUUCGCUAACAUUAAGGAAUUUUCUACCUUUCCAACUCGUAUGCAGGACUUCCUGUAUUACCGCCACUGCAGGUAUUUCCCGAUGUUGCUCACCGUUCCUAACAAGUGCACCAUUCCAAAGAGGUCAGGAGAACCCUUUUUACUGCUGACCAUCAAAAGUUCACCGGAGAACUACGAACGGCGUUCGGUCUUGCGCAAAACGUGGGCGGCGGAGAGGCUACAGAACGGGAUGUGGAUCCGCACCGUGUUCCUGACCGGCACCACCGGGACAGGCUUCAAGAAGCAGAGGUUAAACAAACUCCUGAAGCUGGAGAACACGAGGUACCAGGACAUCCUGCAGUGGGACUUCACGGAUUCCUUCUACAACCUCACGCUCAAGCAGGUCCUGUUCCUGGACUGGAUGCAGAACUGGUGUCCCACUGCGGAUUUCCUCUUUAACGGAGACGACGACGUUUUCGCCAACACGGACAACAUGGUGGAGUUCCUCAAAGAGCAGAGCGAUAACAACGGAAGCAAACACCUGUACAUCGGCCAGCUGGUCCUGACCAGCCCACCUGUUCGGAACAAAAACAGUAAAUAUUUCAUCCCGGAACUGAUCGAGAAAGCCAACGUGUACGCUCCGUACUGCAGCGGAGGCGGCUACCUGUACUCCCGCUUCACUGCCAGGACCAUUCUCCAAAUGUCCCAGUCCAUCACCCUGAUGCCCAUUGACGACGUUUACAUGGGCAUGUGUCUGCAACGAGCCGGACUCCGACCCAUGAACCACCGUGGAGUCUGGGCCGACGGCCUCAUUAUUCCUUCUGACAAACUGGACAUUUAUGAUCCCUGCUAUUACCGUGAGAUUAUCCUCGGCCACAAAUUCUUACCUCAUCAGAUUUUCCUUCUGUGGGAUGAAAUACAUCGGAAAGAUUUGAACUGCUCAAAGAAAGAAGUUAAUCUGUAACACUUUAUUUAUUGUACAUUUUGAUAUGCUGAGAGAGUUUCUUCUGAGCAGCACCGGUUGUUCAGGUUUGUGCAUCACUGAAAUAAUAUGAAGAGCUGGAAUCUUUAAAUGGUAAUAUACAGCAUGAAGAAUUUCACUUGUCCUGAUUUCCUUUUGUUUCCUCGCUGUACGUUGUCGGGUAACUGCCCCCUCGGACUGUAUAACUUUGUAUUAUUAUACCGUCUUAUGUUAUGGUUAUUAUACUGUCUUAGGUUAUGGAAUAUUUACGUUUACUGCAGCCGUGGGGAAAAGUUUUAUAAAGGAUUAUUAACCUAAUGUGAUCUUCAUCUGAGUUAUAAUAAUAAAUAAAUACUCAUUUAUUUGCCAGAAAGAAGCAUUAGUCUUAUUUAACAAACAACACAUUCAACAUUUUGAGUAUUUUGAGUUAAGGAGAAUAAAGUCACUGUAGCCAGGUGAUAAACGACUGUCUGGAUUCUGGAUCCGUCUCGAUGAAUAAAUCAGAUCAAAUAUAGCUGUCACGCAAUUCAAAAAGAUGCAUACAGUGGAAUAAAUACUGUAUAAUGCCUGCAGGACCGGGGCUGAAGGAACAGAGCAACGCGUUUGUUUGUUUCUUUGUUUGUUUUUGACACCACGGCGUUGCUGAGUUCUGGAUUGAGAUUGGUCAGAAGGUGUUGAUUAAUUCUCUAUAACAGCAGCUCUGACAGUAGCGCAGCUGCAAAUCACAGGUUUAUUUAUAAUUAAUGCGUUCGUUUUAAUACGUUAUCGUUUCUAUAGUAACACCUCAUUCACAAGGACGUGUACGGCAGACGCUCCACUGAUAAUAAAUUGAUUCAUGUUUAUUAUGUUUAUGAAGCCUUAAUGGAAGGAGUCAGGACAGAGGAGUUUACGCCUGUUUGAGGUUUCUCAGCAACACAACAUUUUUAUUUAUUUAUUUUUGACUUAUUAACUUGAAGAGGGAGAAUAGAGAGAGGGAACAACUUUUUAUAGCUGCUAUAACGUAAGUGACAACAGGAACUAUCUCGUUUCAUUCCUAUCUGAACCUUUAUAAAUGGAUAAAAAGUAUGAUAUGUUGUUUAAUAAAUAAAAAAUUGUACAGUU